GUAGGUACUGGAAAGACCUCGACUCUCAUUAAGUAUGCAGAGAAGAGACCAGGUCUACGUUUUCUAUAUGCGACUUUCAACAAAUCGAUUGCAAAUCAUGCUUCCAGCAUGUUUCCUAAAAAUGUCACCUGUAAAACUUUCCAUUCACUGGCUUUCCAGGAGACAGGAGUAUUAUAUUCUGAAAGGAAAAAGAUAAACCCUUCCGGACUUACAGCAUACACUGUCAAUUUUGUUCUUCCUGAUGGCCAGGCAGGCUUUGUCAGAGCAAAACUAGUUGUUAAGACUUUAGAGCAUUUUUUCGCAUCUGCAGAUCCUGAAAUUGAGGUAGACCAUGUUCCUAUAUGGUGCAAAAAUAAUCGUGGAGAACGAGAGCUGGUGUCUGCAGACCUACAACAGUUCACAGUGGGAGAAGCUAAUAAAAUUUGGAAAAGAAUGAAAAGUCUUGAAGAAUCCAGAGAGCUUGCUUACAAAAUGACACAUGAUGGUUAUCUGAAGCUGUGGCAGCUCCGUAGGCCCAAUCUCUCUUCUUAUGAUGCUAUAUUUGUUGAUGAAGCACAGGACUGCACACCAUCUAUUAUAAAGGUUGUCCUUUCUCAAACAUGUGGCAAAAUAUUUGUUGGGGAUCCACACCAGCAAAUCUACACCUUCCGUGGAGCAGUGAAUGCACUUUGUAAAGUGCCACACACUCAUAUCUUCUAUCUUACCCAGAGUUUUCGAUUUGGUGCUGAAAUAGCUUAUAUUGGGGCUACCAUACUUGAUGUGUGUAAGAACAUAAGGAAUAAAACCUUAGUUGGUGGUAACCAGAAAGGUACUGUCCGUGAGCCCUCCCAAUCAAAAGUUGCCAUUUUAUCCAGAAGUAACACCUGUGUGUUUGAUCAAGCUGUCCAUGUUACUGAUGGAGAAUCCCCUUCAAUGAUCCAUAUCAUUGGGGGGCCAGGAAACUUUGGACUGAGCAAACUCUAUGACAUUUGGAUACUGCUUCAGCCAGAGUUGGAAAGAAUCAGACAGGGACUCUGCAUUAAGGACAGGUUUAUAGACACGUGGCUAAAGAAAGGAGGAUUUGCAGCUUUAAAGGAGUAUGCAGUGAGCUCUGAAGACAGAGAGUUGGAAGGCAAAAUUGCUACUGUUGAGAAAUACAACCGACGAAUACCUGAGUUGGUGAAGAGAAUAGAAUCAUGUAAUACUCUUCAUGUGGAAUCUGCAGACUUUAUUUUAGGAACAGUUCAUAAAGCUAAAGGCAUGGAAUUUGACACGGUUGAAAUUACUGAUGACUUUGUGAAAGUGCCUCUACCUAGACAUAAUAUCAGGAGACUAAACCUACCCAUAGAUUUGUCCAUAGAAGAUGAAUGGAAUUUGCUGUAUGUGGCUGCAACUCGGGCAAAGAAACGUCUCAUCAUAACUAAAUCAAUAGAAAAUAUUUUAACUUUGGCUGGGGAGUACUCACUAAAAGCAGAGCUGACCAGUGAGGUGCUGAAGGAGGGCCCUGUACUGUGUGCUCUAGGGCACUGCAGAAAUCCCAUCUCUGAAAACUCAGUGCUGACCAUGAGAAGACUGCCAAUCACCUAUGUAAGAACACUUUACACCACUUCAGUCAUUAUUAAGUAA